AUGGAUCCUUCGGAGAAGAAGAUAUCGGUGUGGAUCUGCCAGGAGGAGAAGCUGGUGUCUGGUCUCUCUCGCCGCACCACCUGCUCGGACGUGGUGCGGGUGCUGUUGGAGGACGUUUGCCGGCGGCCGCGGAAGCAGCGGCGGGGCCGGCGGCGGGGGGCGGCCAGCGACUCGCCAGGCCGGGAGGAGCUGCGGGAACUCCUGGACGAGGACGACGAGGAUGACGAUGAGGCGCUGCCGCAAGGCAUGCUGUGCGGACCCCCGCAGUGCUAUUGCAUCGUGGAGAAGUGGAGGGGCUUUGAGCGUAUCCUGCCCAACAAGACGCGCAUCUUGCGUCUCUGGGCCGCCUGGGGCGACGAGCAAGAGAACGUGCGCUUCGUGCUGGUGCGCAGCGAGGCGUCACUACCCAACGCGGGCCCCCGCAGCGCCGAGGCGCGCGUCGUGCUCAGUAGGGAGCGCCCCUGCUCGGCCCGGGGGGUCCCGGCGCGGCCCAGCCUGGCCAUGACCCAGGAGAAACAGCGGCGGGUGGUGCGAAAGGCCUUCCGCAAGCUGGCCAAGCUCAACCGGCGGCGCCAGCAGCAGCCGUCGUCACCCUGUUCGUCCACGUCGUCGUCCACCGCCUCAUCCUGUUCGUCUUCGCCGCGGGCCGCCGAGAGCACAUCCGUGGAGCGCAUGGAGACGCUGGUGCAUUUGGUGCUCUCCCAGGACCACACCAUCCGCCAGCAGGUGCAGCGGCUCCGGGAACUGGAUCGCGAGAUCGAUCGCUAUGAGGCCAAGGUGCACCUGGACCGCAUGCGGCGACAUGGAGUCAACUACGUGCAGGACACUUACUUGGUGGGCGCAGGCAUCGAGGUGGACGGGCCCAGCCUGGGAGAGAAGCCGGAGGCGGCCGCGGCUCCCCUGGACGGCGAGGCGCAGGCGGCCGCGCUGGAGGAGCUGGCCCGGCGGUGCGACGACCUGCUGCGCCUGCAGGAGCAGCGAGCCCAGCAGGAGGAGUUGCUCGAGCGCCUCUCGGCCGAGAUUCAAGAGGAGCUGAACCAGAGGUGGAUGCGGAGGCGCCAGGAGGAGCUCGCGGCGCGGGAGGAACCCCUGGAGUUUGACGGCAGCCACGACGGUGAGCUGCUGCUGGAGCAGGAGCGGGUCAGGACGCAGCUCAGCACCAGCCUCUACAUCGGGCUCCGGCUCAACACGGACCUGGAGGCUGUCAAGUCGGAUUUGGAUUACAGCCAGCAGCAGUGGGACACCAAGGAGCGCGAGCUGCAGGGCCUUCUCCAGACUUUGCACACGUUGGAGCUGACGGUAGAGCCCGACGGGACUCUCGGCUCUGGCGAUCCCUCCCGGGAAUCCAGGCCUCAGGGCCGCGCCGAGGUGUGGGUGGAUCAGGCCCGCGGGCUGGCCAAGAGCUGUCCCGGCAACGACGAGGACUCGGAUACCGGGCUGAGCUCUAUGCACAGCCAGGACUCGGACUCGGUGCCAGUGUGCGAAUCUCUUGUGUAAGGGGAGCAGGGUGGGAGAGGGGGACGACCCUCUCCACUUCCUCGCAGAAAGCACUGGCA